CCGUUGCAACCACACACACCUUUUAGAUAUCAUUGACUCUAUAGAUUCAGUCAACACCAUUGGCCAAAGCUUGUCUGCUCCCAUUGGAUCAGAGCAGCUGGAUUAUCCAAUCCAGAGCGGGCUGCUGUUACCCCGGACUUUGCUUAGUGGUACCUUCCACCACUCGCGGCUCUCUCUCUGUCUCUCUCUUUCGGUCUCUCUCUUUCGCUCUAUCUCCCUCGACUGAUUCAUUCCGUUGACAUCUCUCUACUUUUACAACCUCUCCAUCUCCCCCAUCAUAGCAAUACUCCCUUUUCGACGUCUCCUCUGUUUUCCGUUUAUUCUUCUCCAUCCCUGCAUGCUCCCUCAUAGCAUUGACAAUCACUAACACACACAACACACAACAUCACCGUCACUAUGCAACCCUCCAAGGUGCUCCGCGCCUCCCCCGCAUUUUCUGCCCUUCGCUCCUUUAGCACCUCGUCCAUCCAUAAUCGUGCCCCUUCCAUUCGUGACAUCACCCCCACCAAUGCUGCUGAGUUUGACGCGCGCCAGAAGGAAUUUCGCGAGAGUCUAGAGCAGGCUCGAAAGAAGAGACUAGAGCAAGAGAGUCAGUCUGUCGCAAACACCCUCCGUGAUCGUGCCCGAGAGCAAGAACAAUUAGAUAGCGCUGCGGAGAAUGGCACAAAGCGAGGACCGCUGUCGUCGCUGAUCUACGGAACCCGAGAAGGCCAGCAUUUCGAUAAGAGCAUUGAGCGGUCGUUCUCGCAGGUUAUUGCGCGUGGCAAGUAUGUACAUUCGAUUGUAUUUCAUGACGUCAAGCCCGACAAGGUCGAUGAGUACGUGGACCUAGUCGGUAAAUGGUAUCCUCGCAUGGCGUCGUUGGAAGAGAACAAGGUGAAUCUUGUUGGUAGCUGGCGCACUCAGGUUGGAGAUAAUGACACAUUUGUGCAUAUCUGGGAAUACCAGCGCUACACGGGCUACCACGAAUCACUCCAUACGAUUUCCCAGCAUCUCGAUUUCCGAGAGUUUGAUAAGCAGCUAAAGUCUUUGAUCAAAAGCAAGGAGACCUCCCUGAUGCAAGAAUUCUCGUUCUGGCCCACAACGCCCCCUCGACGACUCGGUGGUCUGUUUGAGCUGCGAUCUUACACGCUUCACCCCGGAAAUCUCUUGGAGUGGGAAACACACUGGCGGCAGGGGCUCAAGGCUCGCCGCGAGGUUAUGGAAGGCGUGGGUGCUUGGUUUGUGCAGAUUGGCGAUCUCAAUACCGUGCAUCAUCUUUGGCAAUUCGCCAAUCUGGAGGAACGCAAGAUCCGUCGCGAACAGUCUUGGGGCAUUGAGGGCUGGGCCGAUACUGUUCAUCGGACCGUUCCUCUUAUCCAGUCCAUGAAAAGCAGGAUCUUGAUUCCCAUGCCCUGGAGUCCUGUGGGUUGAGCUGAUAUUUCCUGAUCGUCUCAGUGCAGAGACAACCUGUCAUCUCGAGAUUUCGGCUCACGUGCCAACCGUUUAUAGCGUUUAUACCUGAGGAUAUGACAGAGCCUUAUCAUCUC